UAAACGCCGGCAUAAACUCCGUGAGCCGACCGUCACUUUCAUCUUUUUCGAAAUCCCAACGUUCCUAUUUCUGUUCAAACACAUCAACGAGGCAAAAUAAAUAAAUAAACAAAAAUCAUCUCUCUUCCUCUGCUUAUUCUUCUUUCCUCUCAAUAAUCGAAACCGAAACAGAAGAAACAUCACCACCAAUGGGAUGUUUUAUGGGUUGUUUCGGUCUCUCUUCCAACAAAAAACGCAGAAAUUCCAUCAGGAAGAUCCUGCCUCGAGAUCAAAGAAUCUGUAGCUAUGAGCCUCUACUUUCUUCAGAUCCGACAGAUUUCAGUACUGUUGCAGAUAACCCUGAAAAGAUCUCGAAAACGAACCUCAGAUGUGAGGUGGAGGAGGCGGAGAAGAACGGGACUAAGAAGACGAGGAAGAGAGUCAGAUUUAACUUGAAUGUGCAAACCUAUGAACCAAUCCUACCAACAAGAUAUCAGAACUGUUGCAGUGAUGAUGAAGAAGAGGAGGAGAAAGGAGAAAUAAGCAAGGGAUCUUCGUGGAAAGCGGUUAAAGCAAAGCCUGUAAGAGUUAAACAGGUAAUGAAGGAGAAUGUUGAAGUGGAUACAGAUGAUCAAGCAAAACCGCUACUGAAGGAGAUUGUCGUCAAUACAAGCCUUUCCACUUGGUUGGCCUCACCAAAGAGUUUCCAUGGGAUUGGUUCGUCCAAGAGAUCUCCAUUUAUGGUUAUCACCAACAUGUGA